AAGCUCUGAUUUAGAACUCUAGGGAAAGUUAGAAUGAAUAUUAAACUAAAUUUGCUGCUAAAAAAUUAAAUGUAAUUCAUUCGGAAAAAAAACUAAAUGUAAUGUCUGUCCGAGUAAAAAUUAUUACAGACAAAGAAAAUAUUGCCUAGGUACAUGUCUAUAAAUUAGUUUUUAUUUUUGGUCAUCAUAAAAAUCUAUUUUAGUUGACGUGAUUGCAGGAUUCUCAUUUAUAAAGAGCAUUUAUUUAUUUUUUAAUAUUCAAAUAUUUAAAAUUUCCUUCUCGAGGUGAAGCGGAGGCCCUUUGCAUUUGGGGUGCCAUGGAGAUUGUAGCAGAGGGAGGCACUGGACCUUGAGCCGCAAGGAUGAUAAUCACGCGGCGUCGCUUCACUACUCUCACUCGCCACUAUUCAUCGUCCUCUACCGCCAGAAAAGUUCCUCUUCUCUUUAACUGUAACACAGACACAAAUACCCAAACUGACGCUACAACAACUCUUCAGGUUCUCUCAUGGGGCAGAGGCGCUUCUGGUCAACUCGGAGGUGGCUCCGAAGAAAUCAGAUUGUAUCCUUCCCCUGUAGCCAACCUCAUUGUGCCCAAAACCUCAUUCAUUCUCUCCCAAACCCCAGGCAGAAUUUCUAGAAAAGGCCUUGACGGAGUAAACGUUGGCCGUGAUGGGGAAAAGACAAUUGAAGUUGGUGUAUCUUGUGGGCUUUUUCAUUCGUCCUUGAUUGUCGAUCGGACUCUCUGGAUUUGGGGCAAAGGUGAUGGUGGACGGUUGGGUUUGGGGCAUGAGAAUUCGAUGUUCGUUCCUACUUUAAACCCUCACAUUGAUUCUCUUCGAUGCAUUGCUCUUGGUGGGCUACACUCGGUUGCGCUCACCUCGGCCGGUGACGUCUUUACAUGGGGCUACGGUGGGUUUGGUGCACUUGGACAUUCAGUAUAUCAUAGAGAACUGUUGCCUAGAUUGGUAAAAGGCUCCUGGGAGGGAAGUAUUCGGCAUAUUGCUACCAGUGGAACGCAUACUGCUGCAGUCACAGAAUCAGGGGAGCUUUAUAUGUGGGGUCGAGAUGAAGGGGAUGGUCGAUUGGGACUUGGUCCUGGCAGGGGCCCAGAUCAUGCAGGUGGACUUAGUACCCCUUCCAAAGUGAAAGAAUUGCCUUUCCCCAUCGCAGCUGUUUCCUGUGGGGGAUUUUUCACAAUGGCGUUGACAGAGGAUGGACAGCUGUGGAACUGGGGAGCCAACUCUAACUAUGAACUUGGGAGAGGUGAUAAGAUUGGAGGUUGGAAACCAAAACCAAUACCCACUCUUGAAAAUGUUCAGAUAAUUCAGAUAGCAAGUGGUGGAUAUCACUCCCUUGCAUUAACUGAUGAUGGCAAAGUGCUUUCAUGGGGCCAUGGUGGACAUGGUCAGUUAGGUCAUGGGUCUCUCCAGAAUCAAAAGAUACCAACAGUGAUUGAGGCUUUAGCUCAUGAACAUGUUAUCUAUAUUUCUUGUGGGGGAUCUUCAUCGGCAGCUGUGACAGGUGUCACCAUUAUUCCAAUCAAUGUAGUCCAGGAGUUGACGGGUUGUUUUUGGUUGUGAGCAGAUGAAGGUAAGUUGUACAUGUGGGGAAAUGCCAACGACUCUCAGUUGGGAGUUCCUGGGCUGCCUGACGUACAACCAGCCCCUGUUGAAGUCAACUUCCUAAUGGAGGAUGAUGGAUUCGGACCUCACAAGGUUUUGUCAGUGUCAAUUGGUGCAUCACAUGGAUUGUGUUUGGCCUUGAAGGAAAAUCGGUGAUAAGACAUGUCGAUCAAGAAGUUUUUCCUCUAUCAAUGAAGUCCGGUGACAAAAACAUCAUGGUUCUUCAACAAGAUGAAAUAGUUUGGAUUCGGAGAAUACAGUUCAUAUUGGGGAACACAUUGUCGCACCUGGAAGCAGUCAGAGGGGAUAACAUAUGAUGACAGGUGGUUGUUUGAUGGAUUUAUAUAUCGUUAUCCCAGUUUUUCUUGUUGGCACUCUGUCCUCCUCAAUUUUCAACUUUGAUGUAGCAGAUGAGCUCAUAGAUUUGUACUGAUAGGGAUCACAAUAAAUUCAAUGGCUUGUUUGAUGCAUUGAAAUCAUCAGCACAAGGUAGCAUCAAUGCAAAUCAAUGUUCCAAUUUGGAGAUCAUUUGUGACUGUUGAAAUGUUUGCAGCUGAAGAUUUUGUUCGCUCAUAUUUGUUUCAAGGUGAUGUAGUUUAGAACAAUAAUGUCGUUGAAGCUCAACAUGUAAGAAUACAUUUUGUUAGGUAGUCACGUGCUUUUCAUUUUGAUGUUGCUCAAUGUCUGGUUCUGUUCGGCCUUUGCGGAACCUCAUGAGGUAUAUUGGGCUCAUGCCUAGCGGAUUUUUUUUAAGGUAAUUUCAUUUUCUUGACAUGGAUGGGUGAUCGAGUUUCUGAAAAUUCACCUAGAACCAGUUUCGACUGGCAUGGAUUUUUAUUUUUAUUGCAUUGUGCUUUGGUAAUUGUGAGAAACUGUUGAGAAAAUGUAAUACUACCUCUAAUCCUUAAUAUAAGAGCUAAUUUGAUUUU